AUGCAGCCAAGAUUUCAUUCCAAGGUCGAAUCCAUGGAUCGAUCCACUGGAACCCUUGCCCCGCAUUCUGGUCCGUAUGUAUGGUUGUUUAGCAGUUGCGAUUGUUUUCCAACCACUCUGGACGUUGGAUAUGGGAUAUGGGAUAUGGGAUAUGGGAUAUGGGAUCUUGAACUGUGGAUCGUGGACCUUGACAACCUGGAAGCCCAAGCUCCAAUUAAACCGCCGGGGGGUUGA